UACUGACUGGAGCCGCAUUACUCUGAUCCUGCCGCCGCUCUAAUCAGAUCCUGCCGCGCUGUCCCUGCUCCCGCCAUCCUCCGCGCCUCUUCACUGUCUCACUCUUGCUGUUCCUGCUCUCCGCGAUGGCGGCUGCUGAUCUACGGGACGAGCUGAGCUGCUCCAUCUGUCUGAGCAUUUAUACUGAUCCAGUGAUGCUGCCAUGUGGCCAUAACUACUGCCGGGGCUGCAUUGGGAAACAUGGGACCCAGAAGGGAUCUGGGGCUUAUUCCUGCCCUGAAUGCAGACAGGAGUUUAAAGAGCGCCCUGCCCUGCAGAGAAACCGAACCCUGGGCAACAUAGCAGAGCGAUUCUGUCCAACUGAGAUAGAGCAGAAGGCGGCUGGGAUCUUCUGCACCUACUGUGUCCUCUCUUCUGUACCUGCUGCUAAGUCCUGUCUCCUGUGUGAGGCUUCUCUGUGUGAGACCCACCUGAAGGUGCACAGCAAGUCAGCAGAACAUGUACUGACCCAACCCAUCGCUUCCUUUAUUGGGAGAAAAUGUUCUGUACAUCACAAAGUUCUGGAGUAUUACUGCUGCGAGGAUGGUGCCUGUAUCUGUGUGUCCUUGUCUGGCCGAAAACACAGGGGCCACAAGGUGGAGCUGCUGAGUGAGGCCUCUGAGAAGAAGAAAGAGAAACUGAGGGAAGUUCUGGAGAAACUGAGGCCAGAGAGAGUGGAGACUGUGAAAGCAGCCCAGAAGCUAGAGGAGCGCAGGAGAGAAGUGGCAGAAAAAGCAGCCGGUGAGACAGAGAGAGUCACUGCCCUGUUUAGAGACAUCAGGGAACAGCUGGAAACCCUAGAGAAUAGACUCCUGGGUGACCUCUCCAGCCAGAAAGAAAAGAUCACACUCACACUCACUGAUCUGAUGGAGCAGCUGGAAAUAAAGAAGAACAUAUUGUCCAGGAAGAUCCGUCACAUUGAGGAGCUGUGCAACAUGGCAGAUCCAUUCACCAUCCCACACGAAUGGGAAUUAGAUGAGGUCAGCGAGAGAGAUGAUAUAAAGGUCCCUACUGUAGUGUAUCUGAAUGUGGAUCGCAUCUCAGAGACAUUACUCGCAGGCUUAGGGGAUUGUGAAUGGGUUAAAGGGAAAGGUCUACGGGCUGGAGGCUACAGACCUGUUACUGGAUUUAAACACGGCUGGGAACUGUAUGUUUAUCACGACCGGAAAUCGGCUUCCUUCACACUAACAGACCAACAUUACCCACCAACCUCUGAGAGAUUUAUGUAUUAUGCUCAGGUUUUAAGCACCAGGAGUUUCUCCUCGGGGCGACACUACUGGGAAGUGGAGGGCAGUAAGUUAGGGGGCUGGGCAGUAGGGGUGGCCUAUACCAGUAUAGAGAGGGGGUCGGGGGAGUCUGGAAUGGGGAAUGACAAGUCCUGGUGUCUGUACAAAAGGGAUACUAAUAAUAUCUAUACAGUGAGACAUGAUCGUAGAGACACAGAUUUGCCCUAUGCCCCUUCCUGCUGGAGAAUCAGGAUCUCGCUGAACUAUGAGACCGGACGUCUGUCCUUUUAUGAGCUGAGUGAGCCAAUCAGACACUUACACACCUUCACUGUCCCCUUCAGUGAGUCCCUUAAUGCCGCAUUUAGGGUAUGGGGAAAUGGAGCCGUGGUGAAAAUCAUUAGUUAGGGCCCUGCCCACUUGUAGGGUUACCAGGUAAAGUUCAGUAUAUACUGGAACAUCAGAGGAGUCAUCUAAAGAUACAAAACCCAUGAGGAGGUAGAAACACGGAGGGACCUCCGUCCUCUUGGUAUGUUUUAUUUUCCUCAAUCUAUGAUUGUUUUAUGCAACAAAUAAAUUCAUGUGUGAGACUGCC